AUGGCGGGUCCCAACCUCGAAGUCUUCAAAUUCGGCAUGUACAUCAUGUUCCCAAUCGGCAUCAUGUACUACUUCGGAACGAACCUGGACGGCAAAUUCUCGGUUCCAGAUUUCUGGCCAAAGCCCGAGCAGACGCAUCGAAUACCGUAUGAUCGGGAGGACAUCAAGGCGGAGCUGGAGCGGUUGAAGGCGAGGAAUGCGGAGAUGAAGAAGCUCAGAGAGCGGAGAGAGAUGGAGGAGGCGUUGAGGGAGGGGCGGAACAUCUAA